CUGAGGCUUUAUCGCUUUAUCUUGUAGCAGAGGCGGCGGCGGGGAGUGUUUCUGCCUGCCUCUGUUCCUAUGUGGCCUAGGUACUUGCUUUUGCAGCUUGUAAAUAAGACGUAUGUCUUUAACGGAGCACGCUAAAAGUGAAUGUGAGAAUUCAUCCGCUCUCCAACUACUCAGCUGGACGCCAGUACAGCCCGCUACUACGGCGACUACACCACCGCUUUGCUUGAACUUUAGUUUCAGCUCUUAAUCAGCCAUGCGGGGGGACCUGUCGUAAAGAGCCGAUGUGCCCUUUGGAAAGCAGCCGCAUCAGGAACGAGCUGGGACAUGAGCAUUUGAUCCGUAUUCAAGUCGUGGUCUCCCCGCCUGCGGAAAGGCGAUGGAGCGGCCACCUUCGAAGCACAGGGGUCGCCCAGGGCCUCGGAAUCGUCGACACAGAGGGAACCAAGCCUUCAGACCUGAAGAAGGACCGCACUUUAGCUUUACUCGGCACUCUGCAGAGAGUGAAGCGUUCGGAGAACCUCCGCCGUUGGAUCCGCCUGGAUUUUCUGAUGACGGGGGUGCCUCGGCGUCGUCUCAAGCCGUCCGCGCAAGAUCCGGAACCAGGGCCAAGAGGGGUGCAACGCUUGGAAUAGGAAGACCCUCCUCUUCAGGAGGUCCUGGCAGAGGAUGGCGCCGGGGAGGGCGCACCACACAAUAUGGGACCUCGUGCAGCAGCGCUCGAAGUACAGGCCAUGACACAUUCGACGACGUUCCUUCCGAACCAUGUCGACCGGAAAGCGAUAGGGCAGAAGGUGGUGGCCACCAAGACGAGGACGGUCCAGACGAUGGCUCUCUGAAGAACGACUUCGAUGACCGGUCGAUGUUCCCGGUUGGAGCAGAUCGUCCCUCGGCGAGCAAGGCGGUGCCGUUCCCGACGUUCGCUGAUAUAACGGCCGCCAUCGUGUGCCGGCGAGAAGAAGUUGGACCUGCAAGUGAAAAGUCAGUCUCGUUGUACAUCCACGACUGCUACCUGCACGCGGUGUCCUCGGAUGUGCGGGCUACGCUCGGCAGCUUCCGGCUUGUUCCCAACAGGGGUCUAGGCCGCGUCGUAACGACCGUCAACUGUGACCUGCCCUCGCUUCGUGGCACUGCGGUCGCUUUCUGCGAUCCGGAAAAGCAGUACAUAUGCUACGGAGAGAUCCUGAAACUCGACGGGAGACGAGUCGCCUUGCUGUACGAUGGUCUGGGUGUCACCGACGACAAUGAAAGUCACGACUUUGUUCUGGUAAACCUGAACUUGGACCCGUUCUGCUUCAUCAACCAUCUCACCUCGCUGCGCUCAAAAUCGCUUGCCGACUUGGAGCGAGUGAAAUCCAUGCUUCUAGGUGAGGGCUGUCAGCCUCUUGAGUCUGGACAUGAGGCCGCCUACGAUCAGACUGCUUUGCAAACUGAGCUUGACUCGUCAUUGGACGGCAAGCUGGUAGGGACACUUAAUUCUCUCGACGAAAAUCAAGCGAUCGCAGUAAUAGCUGCAGUUGCUUCUGAUCGAGGGGUGCUAAUUCACGCGCCGUCUGGCACCGGAGACAAAGAGCUGCUGAGCGCCGCUGUGCAAUUGACCCUUACUGUGGAUGGCUUAAAGAGGCGAGGGCCGGUGCUCGUCGUAGGUAACGGGCUAACCCCUAUGUUCAAAAAUGAACCAGAUGGCUUAUUUUGUUUGGACGUCGAAGUUCACAAAGCAGUGGGUGCUGUUGAAGAAUCUGCCUCAACUAUCUUGUCGAAAGGAAAAAUGAACGAGUGCCUCCUAAGAAUCAGCAAGGUGUUGAAAGACUUGAACAGUUUGAAAAGUGCUAUCCUACACCAGUCUCAAUUUCGAGGGAUCACCCGCGAGUUCUCAACUAAAAGGAAUGACGAAAGAAACUGCGUAGAAAGGUGGCUGAUGCAAGGAGUUAGUCGUAACGAGAUGUUGACGGCUGUGUCGGCAGCCGAUAUGGAUGCUUACCGCGAAGACUGUGAGUACGCGCUAAAAGGAAGCGGUGUCUCCACUAGUUCAAAUCGUUCAGUUGGCUUUUGUUAUGAAAGGAAUCCGCAAACUUCCCAAGGCGCCGAAGGUGUCUCUGACGACGUGAAAACAGCUUACGUCUGGAAAACUCUCAAGGCUACUCGAGCGGACCAAUUUCAGGCGGAACAGACCAAUAUUAUGCAGCUGGAGCGGUGCCACCGAUGGCAGCUAUACAAGCAGUGGAUUCUGUGCCUUAGGCGAAAUAUCCUCAGUAAUCUUGAAGGUGCCCAAUGUGAAGCAUUGCACUGCUACCUCCACUGCAAUAAAAUGCUAUCCGAAAAUGUCUCGCGUCCAGCUUCUGGGGCGUCUGUGAUUGUUGCCUCUGUGACUACAGCGAUCGCGCAUAGCGGUGUCAUCGAUGCUCUGCAACCUAAGGCCUUAGUUGUGUUCCGAGCGCAUCAAGUCCCAUCCUUGCUUGCUGGUAGUCUCUUCUGUAACGGCAUUUCAAAGCUCGUCUUUAUAGGUGACAGCAUAUGUUCAAAGGGAACAGCAUCUUCGUCACUUUGGUCGUUCGCAUUCAGCCGCCAAGGCUUUGAGCUACACGAACUAAGCGUUCAGUAUUUCCUCUCGCAGCCGGUCUGCAACCUUCUAGCACCCUUCACAAAAAAUGUGCUGCAGUCGGGCUGCAGUGUUGAGGCUGUCAGGGGCGUUGCAGAAUCUGUGCAGUUUUUCGACAUUCCCGACAAAGAAGAAGCAGUCUUGAUGAUAUCCCGGUUGUGUCUUCAUUUUCAGACACACGGCUACCAUGCGAGAGACGUGGCUAUUGUUACCCUAUCGCCUUCUGCUGCUGCGGCUGCGCAGACGCUGGUCGAAAAGCUGCGGCAGUUAGGGUGUGCGCACACAGUGUGGUCUGUCAAAACCUUAGGCUCAACUUUUUGCAAGAUCCUGAUCUUGCUUGUAGGCUCGGGCGCACGUGGCUCAGAUCUUGCGGCUGCUCUGAGCAGGGCACGUUGCGCAGUGUAUGGUUUCGGAAGGCUUGCAAGCGCUGACGAGAGCUGCCAGAAUGUCUUCAACGCGGCCCAUGAAAGCAACGGGUCUGCCAGUCCAGCUCUUUCUUUGUCGUGCGUGCGCCACCCUCGAACCGUCGUCCGUAUCGAAUCGGGAGAAGAUUUUGGUACAAAAAUGCAGCAAAAUGGGGGGUGCAUGCAGUUGUGCGGUGCUAAGAGGCGCUGCAGCCACGUGUGCUUACAGAUUUGCCACAGUGGAGAUCACCCCGACGUUUGUGACCAGCCCUGCUUGAAAUAUAUUUGCAGUCGUAAACACCCCUGUCUUAACAGGUGCUCCGAGCGCUGCACUCAGCGGUGCAUGGUCGAUGUCACUGAGAAAUUGCCUUACUGUGCCCACACUGCUACACUUCCUUGUUACAAGUGGGAAUCGAGUGAUGUACCAUUGCCUGGUACCGCGACAGCCAGCCGACACGGUGCGCACCAGUACAAGUGCAGAGUGCCAGUUACCGUGAACCUGAAGUGCGGACACACGACACAGAUUACGUGCUUUAAAAGCCAGUCUACAGCAGCCACAAGUGCUUCAGCACUUGGACCUCUAGAACACUUGCCCCUGAGCGAGUACAAGUGUAUGACGCUAGUAACUGUAAACCUGCAAUGCGGACACACGGCACAGGUACCGUGCUCUGAGAAUCCAUCUACGGCGGCCACAGGUGCUUCAGCACCUGGACAUCUAAGCUACUUAUCCCUGCGCCACUACAAGUGCACGGUGCCAGUUACCGUGAACCGCGAGUGCGGACAUAAGUUGCAGAUUACCUGCUUUGAGAAUCAGGGUCAGUCCACAGCGGUCACAAAUGCAUCUGCAACUGAACGUCGGGAACAGCAAGUCAACUUGCCUCCGUGCCGAAGGUCUGUGCUAGUGACCCCUUCCUGCGGCCACACAAAGACCAUCCAGUGUUGCGACAGAGCUGGAUAUCGGUGCGACGUCUCGGUAACGGCCGUGCGUCCUUGCGGCCACUCUUGUUACGUCUCCUGCGGAGCGGACCGCAGGGUUUUUCCGCCAUGCACUGUACAAGUCAAAGUUGUGUUAGACUGUGGUCAUCCAGCUCACGGCUCUUGCAACAGAACCUCCUCGCUGAAGUGCAGAAUGUUCGUCAAGAGAACAUUGGUUUGUGGCCACACACUCGACAUGGUUUGCAGCGAACCUAGUCCCCAGUGCCGAGUUAUUGUUUCUAGGACACUUUCAUGCGGCCACAUUGACGUCAGGCCCUGCUGCGACAAGGCAUCUCCGUGCACCUGGCGGUGUGGUUACGUAUUGCGCUGUAAGCACCCGUGCAGAUUAACGUGCGGCAACCACCCUCACGAGGACAAGUGCCAGGAUUGCAAGGACAAGUGCUCCAUUUCAUAAGGACUGAAUUUUGGGAGAUCUGCAAAAUGUCAAGUUUAUGCUUAUUUUACCAAAGGAAAAGUAUGUUCUCACUUGUGAUGUGCUACUGUAGGUUGCGAUAACAUUCAGUUGUCGUCUGCGCGAUAGCGCGAGUCCGAAGUGGUUUGAGCAACAAGGAAUGUGACGAGGCCCAGAAGCAGCAGAUGCAACCCUAUGGAUCACGGCAAUUUGUCUACUGUGUUAUGCGCGGAGACUUCGCGCUCUUCGUCGUCGAACAUAAUGCGAACGCUGAACGGGCAGACUCAACGUGACACGAAUAAAGUAUUUAAGGAACAGUUUAAUGAAA